AUGCAAGCGGGAUACCAGGAAGCCAAACAUGAAUAUCAGCGCCACUUUGCCAGUAGAGAAUACCAAUCAUCUGGCUUUCCGGAAGAUGGGAAGGUCAUGGCAGAUGACAGUUGGUGCUCGGCUAGAGGCAUCGACUAUCUCGCUGAUUUCAAGGAUUACCUGCGCGAAACAGAGGAGUCCCUCGCUAUGGAUAUGAUUGCUGAUGUGUCAGUGGGGAGGAAUGAGUCAGGAUCGUUUUCGAAAUGGUUGAAGGACCGACAUGGAACAGAUGGGUUGAAAGAAGUCCGCUUUAAGCCCCAGGCAUCCAAGACCAUCGAGGACAUGUGGCCAUCGUGGAUGGAGGUGACGAAUCGAGUUUUCGCCAAUGACAUUAAGACGUAUCGCGAUGUCUGCAAGAGAGCUGCAGCAGAGCCCAAUUAG